UUCACCCAAACGCUCACGUCACUCAAUCAAGGGCCCGUAAUUCCGUCUCUCCACCAAGCCCUUUGAAUCUGCCUCAUUAAGCACACCGAUUACCGAUACACCACCAUGGAUCGGUUAAGCAGAAUGCUCGCCGCCGCUCAAGGCAUGAGCGGUAUGGGAGGACCCCAGGCCGACACCAACCUGAUCGACAACUCGGAAACCGUCUACAUCUCGUCGCUGGCACUGCUCAAGAUGCUGCGACACGGCCGCGCAGGUGUGCCUAUGGAAGUCAUGGGGCUGAUGCUGGGAGAGUUUGUCGACGACUACACAGUACGAGUGGUGGACGUAUUCGCCAUGCCGCAGUCGGGAACAGGUGUCUCGGUCGAGGCUGUUGACCCCGUCUUCCAGACCAAGAUGAUGGACAUGCUUCGACAAACAGGAAGGCAAGAGACGGUUGUUGGCUGGUACCACUCACAUCCUGGUUUUGGCUGCUGGCUGUCGUCGGUCGACAUCAACACACAGCAGUCGUUCGAGCAGCUCACACCCCGCGCCGUGGCCGUCGUAGUCGACCCCAUCCAGUCGGUCAAGGGCAAGGUGGUCAUCGAUGCCUUCCGCCUAAUCAACCCGCAAACGCUCAUGAUGGGCCACGAGCCCCGCCAGACGACAUCCAACGUCGGUCACCUUAACAAGCCUUCGAUUCAAGCCCUCAUCCACGGCCUAAACCGCCACUACUACUCGAUCGGUAUCAACUACCGAAAGACUGCGCUCGAGGAGAACAUGUUGAUGAACCUGCACAAGCACGUCUGGACCGAGGCGCUACUCAUGGACGACUUUAAGGGCGAGGCUGAGCGGAAUACGGAUAGGCUGCAGAAGCUAGUUACAUUGGCGGACGGGUACGAGAAGCGGGUGAAGGAAGAGACGGAGUUGACCAAGGAGCAACUAAAGACACGAUAUGUUGGAAAGGUGGACCCAAAGAAGCACAUCUCGGACGUGGGACAGCAACUGAUCGAAGACAACAUUGUCUCGGUCUCGCGGCAAAUGAUCGACAAGGAAGCCUCGGUACCCAAGCCCAACGCACGACAAAGCGGCCACGCAAACGGCGACGAUGUCGAGAUGGAGGAAUAGAAGUUGUCGACUUGCACAAAGGCAGGGUUGUUGGGUCUGAGAAAUGUCAGACCUGGAAACAGGCAACGUGCCACACAGCACUACAUCCUAGCCUAGAGCUGACGUAGAGUACACGCGGACAAAGCAACGUGAGCCCAUAUUGCCGCUCAUGCAAAUGGAAGAGAAGCACACGACACGGAUAAUGCAUAGAGCAUGAGACAAAUGAUAUUACACGUGC